AUGCCUCCAGCGCGUAUUGCCCCGUCAAGUUCGAAAGGCAAGUCGAAGGGCGCGUUUCCGAGCCACGGCCGCCUUGCCCGGAAGCCGCUCGCGCCCGUAGAGCUAAAUCCACUCUCGUAUGACCGCACGGACCCGUUCACCGCGCUCAAUGCGAUGCGCACCGUCCUCGCCGCGCUCCCGACGCGCCAGCUGCGCCUCACCGUGGAGGAACACGCACUCGUGAUGCGCCUCCUUGCGAUCGUGGAGCCGUUCGUCGGGCCUGCGCCCGCGCGUCGCGCGUUGACGCGUCUGCCGACGGAGAUUCUCGACGCAGUCGCGUUCUGCGUCGACGACAAGCGCGAUCUUCUCGCGCUCGCGCUCACGUGCCGCCGCAUGUACUCGGUCGUCUUCCCGCGGCACUACGACUACCGCAUCAUCAAGUGCAAGGUCAGCUCGCUGAGGGUGUGGAACCACCUGAUCGUACGGCGGGGGCUUGCGCGCAAUGUGCGCCAGCUCGAGGUGCUGGACGAGCGAAGCACGGAGCCCGAGACUAUCCCCUGCGACAUCGAGACAUCGGACACUGACUUGGAAUCCUCGGACGACGAGCUAGAGAUGCACGCGAAGCAGGAGCGCUACCUUGCCGCUGCAUUGGCAAGGAUGACGGCGCUGGUCUCGUUCACCUGGUCGUGCUCCCAUUUGCCUAUCUCGGUCGAAUCACUCUGGCCGAUUCUGAUGAAAUGCCAGACUCUGCAGCAGGUCACUGUUAACGACAAUCUGGUGUUCUCACCCGAUAAUGAUGAUGAGAGUAGCGCCGCGCGCAAGAAACGCCAAGUAGUCGUAAGCCCUGAUUUUGAGCAGGUCUCGACGAUCUGUGUUAACAAUGCGAUAGUUUCCUGCAUUGCGGGCCGUGAUGCAUCUGCUGCUAUCGCGCCCGCGAGCGUCCAGAUGUUUUGCUUACGCGGGCACCGACAGUCCCUGAAAAUCGACUACACGUCUCGCCGCGGCCCGGGCUUCUCCAGCCCCAUCUUAGAUGACUUUCUACUGUGCGGACGCUGGCCGAACCUGCGCACACUUGCCUUGACCAACCUCCGCUGCUCGCCGCAGGCAGGCUUCGACGCCACGAUGGGCUUCCUCCUCGCACACCCGCAGCUCGAGGUCCUGUACUUGGACGUCGCAUUCGGUGCAGGGUCUCCGUAUGUGUUCCCGCCUGGCUGUAUACCGCGCCUGCGUGAGCUCCGUUGUGGUCGCGACAUCGCAGGCGCGCUUCUCGCAUGCCCAGGUGGCCUGGACGGGCGGCCCCUCGACGUGAUUGGCGGUAUGCGCCUAAGUGGAUCGAUGCGCGACACGUCGUUCUUGUAUGCGCUCAAGCAAUACGGGAAGAGCGUGCGGCGGAUCGAGCUCGCGGGCUGGACCGACAUGGAUGACAUCCGGCAGCUCGCGGAGAGUGCGCCGCAGCUCACCUGGCUAGACGUGGGCCGGCGGACCACGUCGGCACAUGCAGCGAAGCCGGCGUCGGCCACCACGACGAACGUAGCAGAGUGGGCCGCCAUCCUCGCGCAGCUGCCGCAACUCACGACGUUCCACGGAGUGCGCUUCUUCUACGAAGUCGCGCAAGGCAGCGGUGCCACGCUGUCCGUGCCGCUUACGUUGUCCGAGCGCAGCCGCAUGCGCCGGAAUGACGAGAUAGCGUCGCUGCUCGCGUGGAAGUGCACGAAGCUGCGGCGCCUAGAUCACUGGGAGGAGGGCUCUGGUAGAGUUGUCGUGCUCUUGCGGGACGGAGACAAGGUCCGAUAUGAGGUUAGACGGGUCAAGACGUAG